AUGAAAGUGACCGUGUGCUUUGGCAGGACCGGCAUCGUGGUGCCCUGCAAGGAGGGCCAGCUACGCGUCCGAGAGCUCACGCAGCAGGCGCUGCAGCGGUACCUGAAGACCCGGGAGAAGGAUCCUGGUUACUGGGUGAAGAUUCAUCAUUUAGAAUACACAGAUGGAGGAAUCCUGGAUCCAGAUGAUGUCUUGGCAGAUGUGGUUGAAGACAAAGAUAAGCUGAUUGCUGUGUUUGACGAACAAGAACCACUUCACAAGAUUGAGAGCCCCAGUGGAAACCUGGCAGAUCGGCAGAGCCCAGAUGCUUUUGAGACGGAAAUGGCUGCCCAACUGGCUGCUUUUAAACCAGUUGGUGGGGAAAUAGAAGUAACCCCUUCUGCUCUGAAAUCAGGCACUCCGCUGUUGGUUCGGAGAAGCAGUGACCCAGCACCUGGCCCACCUGCUGAUGUCCAGCCAAGUGCUUCACACCCCAGUGGCCAGAGUUUGAAACCUGUUGUUCUAGAUUCCUCCCAGAAUUUAGAAGACGGAGAAGUUAUGAAUGGUGUACAGACAGAACUGGCAUCACCAAAAACUAAGGAUGCAUUGAGUGAUAUGACAAGAAUAGUGGAGAUUUCUGGGGAAGGAGGCCCCUUGGGAAUACAUGUGGUGCCCUUCUUUUCAUCUCUGAGUGGAAGGAUUCUAGGACUCUUCAUCCGAGGCAUUGAAGAAAACAGCAGGUCCAAGAGGGAGGGACUGUUUCGUGAAAAUGAAUGUAUUAUAAAAAUCAACAAUGUGGAUCUCGUGGACAAAACCUUUACUCAGGCUCAAGAUGUCUUCCGUCAGGCAAUGAAAUCCCCAAGUGUGCUCCUCCAUGUACUGUCACCCCAAAAUCGUGAAGAGUAUGAAAAAUCAGUCAUUGGACCUCUUAACAUUUUUGGUAACAAUGAUGGCAUUUUGAGAACAAAGGCACCGCCUCCUGUCCAUGGAAAAUCAGUAAUAAAGACAGUAAACAUGACAGGAACAAGUAGUCCUGAGGGAGAUGCAUCAGCGUCCCUGCAACAAAGCAAGAGCCCCCGAGUACCAAGACUAGGAAGAAAGCCAUCCUCUCCCUCACUCUCGCCUCUCAUGGGGUUUGGCAACAAGAAAAAUGCAAAGAAAAUUAAGAUUGACCUAAAGAAAGGUCCUGAAGGACUUGGUUUCACUGUGGUUACCAGAGACUCUUCCAUACAUGGUCCUGGCCCCAUUUUUGUGAAAAACAUUUUACCAAAGGGAGCAGCCAUAAAAGAUGGCCGCCUGCAAUCGGGGGACAGAAUUUUGGAGGUAAAUGGCAGAGACGUCACUGGACGAACUCAGGAGGAGCUCGUGGCCAUGCUGAGGAGCACCAAGCAGGGAGAAACGGCAUCACUGGUCAUUGCUCGCCAAGAAGGAAACUUUCUUCCCCGAGAGCUGAAAGGGGAACCUGACUGCUAUGCACUCUCCCUGGAAACAACAGAGCAGCUCACCUUCGAGAUCCCCCUGAAUGAUUCAGGCUCUGCGGGUCUUGGAGUGAGCUUGAAAGGAAACAAGUCCAGAGAAACUGGAACAGACUUGGGGAUUUUUAUCAAAUCCAUCAUCCAUGGAGGUGCUGCUUUUAAGGACGGUCGUCUGCGAGUGAAUGACCAGCUGAUCGCAGUUAAUGGGGAAGCUCUUUUGGGAAAGUCCAACCAUGAAGCUAUGGAAACUCUUAGGCGAUCAAUGUCCAUGGAAGGAAACAUACGAGGCAUGAUCCAGUUGGUGAUUCUGAGAAGGCCAGAGAGACUGAUGGAGGAGCCUGCAGAGUGUGGGGCAUUUUCCAAGCCAGGCUUGGAGAACUGUCAAAACACCGUAACCACCUCCAGGAGAAACGAUAACGGCACACUGCAUCCGUUUGCCCCUUAUAGUCCACAAGACAAAUGGAAAGAGCUAUUGCUUCCCAAUGAUGGAUGGACAGAGAGUGAAGUACCACCUUCUCCACCACCACAUCCUGAUCUGGAAUUGGGUCUUGAAGAUUACAGCCACAGCUCUGGGGUGGAUUCAGCGGUGUAUUUUCCGGAUCAGCACAUCAACUUCAGACCUGUGACACCGGCCAGGCAGCCUGAAUCAAUUAAUCUAAAAGCCUCGAAGAGCAUGGACCUCGUGCCAGAUGAAAGCAACGUCCAUUCAUUGGCUGGACACAAAUCGGAAUCUCCAGGCAAAGAUUUUGGUCCUACUCUGGGCUUGAAAAAAUCCAGUUCCUUGGAGAGCCUACAGACUGCUGUCGCUGAGGUCAGAAAGAAUGAACUUCCGUUCCACAGGCCCCGGCCGCACAUGGUUCGUGGCCGUGGCUGCAACGAGAGCUUCCGAGCAGCCAUUGACAAAUCCUACGAUGGGCCUGGAGAAUUUGAAGCUGACGGUCUGUCUGAUAAGAGCUCUCACUCUGGCCAAGGAACUCUGAAUUGCGAAUCUGCUCCUCAGGGGAACUCUGAGCUAGAGGACGUGGAAAAUAAAGCCAGGAAAGUCAAAAAAUCAAAAGAGAAGGAGAAGAAAAAGGAAAAGGGCAAGAUGAAAGUCAAGGAGAAAAAGAGAAAAGAGGAAAAUGAAGAUCCAGAAAGGAAAAUAAAGAGGAAGGGAUUUGGCGCCAUGCUGAGAUUUGGAAAGAAGAAAGAAGAUAAGGGUGGAAAGUCUGAGCAGAAAUGUACUCUGAAGCACGGUGGCCUGAGAGAAGAGGAGCUGGAAAAAAUGAAAGAAGAGCGUGAGAGGAUUGGAGCAAAACAUCAGGAGCUCAGGGAAAAGCAGGCAAGAGGUCUUGCUGAUUACACUACCAGUGCAAUUGGAUCAGUGCAUGACAUGGAUGAUGAUGAAAUGGACCCGAAUUAUGCCAGAGUGAAUCACUUCCGGGACCCAUGUACGUCAGCAAGUAUCUAUAGGUCUCCAUCUCCACCUCGUCCUGGACCACUUGGUUACCCUCGGGAUAGUCGUCCACUGUCUCCAGAGAGGGACCAUUUAGAGGGUCUCUACGCCAAGGUCAACAAGCCCUACCAUCCACCGGCUCCAGCUGACAGUGGCCGUCCCACAAGUGGAAGCUCUGACCGCAUCCAGAAGCUGCGGAAGGAGUAUUAUCAGGCUCGGCGGGAAGGUUUUUCUUUAUAUGAAGACGAUGAAGGAAGAGCAAGACCUUCUGAUUAUGACCUUCACUGGGUGUCUGGCAAGGGUCCAGAUGGAAGUGUACAUAGCCUCCGCUUUGAGGGGAUGGAGAGACAGUACGCAUCCUUACCCAGGGGAGGACCUGUGGAUCCUGUAGACUAUCUGGCAGCUGGACCUCAAGGGCUCUACAAGGAAAGGGAGCUUCCAUAUUACCCAGGAGCUCAUCCUGUGCAUCCUCCCAAAGGGGGCUAUCCCCGUCCCCCGGAUCUGAGGGUCACAGAUCUCCGGUAUCCUCAAUACUACCCAUCCCCGCCAGCCCCCCAGCACAAAGGGCCCUUCCGACAAGAUGUUCCGCCUUCCCCUCCUCAGCACCACAGAGCACCAGCCUACCAGGAAAUGGGCAGACCACGGCCUCAUGGGGGCAGCCCAGACCAGUACCCUUACCGAACCCAGGAUCCCCGGCAGAAGAACCCCAUGACUGCAGCCGUAUAGCUGAACGCCACCCAGAUCGGCCCAGAAAAGGAAGACAUCUGACACUACCUUUGCCCUUCCCAGACCUUAAAACCUUCUUCCUUUUAAGUAUUCUACAUGGUAAUCUGGUACAGCUUAGGUUUUUCUCACUGAGGUUAUAACACUUGAAUGCUAGUCUGAAAGAAAAGGAAGAAACAGGGCUUUUUAGAAAAAGAAAAACCAGAAGGAAGAGGAAGGUACUAUAAAAACAGUAGUACCUGAUGUUUGAAAUGCUUUAGAAUUGUUAAAUCCAGUGACGGUAGCCAUCAAGCAAGCAAAUAACGAUGGAGGUAUACUGCA